CUUAAGACAUCCUUGUUCUCAUUUUCUCUGAUUCCAAGCCGGCACAGGUUUUUUUUUUUAUUUUUAAUCUAGUUCUUUCUCCUAGAUUUCAAUAUACUUCGCAAAUUUUGCCUUUAACCCCUCAAAUUUGCUCAAGCUCAAGUAGAACCUUGGCCUUGCUUGGGCAAAUUGUUAGUUUUCUGAAAGCUAUGUCCAACAUCAAUAACGCAAGUGAUCAUAUCUCUACUCACGACCAAGAUUCAUCUUCACAGGCUUCAGCUGAGGUAGAUCUAGAACUUAGGCUUGGACCAUGUACUGGUUCUACCAACCAAGGCCAGUCCCCCAAUGCCAUAGCAAAACAUCGACAAGAACCAAAUAAUUCACAGGAAAAUGUUGGAUGUCCGUCAAGUAACCAGGAGAAACCAGUGAAAAGGGAAAUGAAUCUCACUUGCUCUAUAUGCUUGGAUGCAUUACAACAAGAAGCAUGUACAACAUGUGGACAUAUUUUCUGCAUGCCAUGCAUUAUCGCAGCAGUUGUAAACCAAGGAAGAUGCCCUACUUGCCGGAAAGCGAUUUACUGUCGUGGCAUUCGUCGAAUCUAUCUUCCCAAAAUGAAGUCUUAAUCCAAAAUCAGACAAAAUCCCAAUACAUAUCAGAUAUAUUUAAAACCCAUGUUGGGAGUAUGAGAUGCUUAUAUUGUUUUUGUAAUUUCUAAUAUGAAGUUUAGUUUUAUUAGUCUAAUGCUAUGUAUGGGAUGAUUCAAGCCUAAUUUUUGGAACCUUGCCAAACUCUUUUCAAAGCAUAGACAAAACAUUUAUGAAAUAACUUUAUUUUCUGA